GAUGGUUCUUCAUGCUGAAGUGAAUAAAAAAAUUUCACGGUGAAAAAAAAUAAACCAAAAAAAUCUCGUUUUUUCAAAAAAGGAAAUUGAACUUACUAGGUAUGCAGAAGAUAGAGCUCUUGUAUGUUUGUUAUCAACUCAAUUUGCAUAGUAAGAGAGAAUGACUAAGUUCAUGAACAAAAUGAGAGUUGCAGUUGAAGGAUGCUGUCAUGGGUGUCUAGAUCAAAUAUAUCGAUCAAUCUCCAAAAAAAAGGUAGAUCUACUGAUUAUAUGUGGUGAUUUUCAAAGUAUAAGAAAUCGGAUGGAUUUGCAGUCCAUGAGUGUGCCAGACAAAUAUAAAAAGAUGGGAAACUUUCAGGAUUAUUACACAGGAAAAAAGAAGGCCCCUGUACUUACUAUUUUUAUUGGAGGUAACCAUGAAGCUUCUAAUUACUUAGAAGAACUUAAAUAUGGAGGAUUCGUCGCUCCGAAUAUAUACUAUUUGGGAAGAACUUCUGUGAUAUGGUAUAAGGGACUAAGAAUAGGAGGUAUGUCUGGCGUUUAUUGGAAAAAAGACUUUAUGAAUUUAGCACCACAGUCUUAUAAUUUUCCAUAUGACAGGUCAACUAUAAGGUCGAUAUAUCACUAUCGAAAAGAUGACUAUUUGAAGUUAUAUCUUAUGAGGAAAUCAAAUAAAAUGAUAAUGAUUUCCCAUGACUGGCCUGAAGGAAUAUAUGACAAUGGUGAUGUGAAAAAGCUAUUGAAAAAUAAACCUUUUUUCAGGGAGGAUAUCAAAAACCAUUGCCUUGGCUCUCCAUUCAAUAUGGAACUACUUAAAGUAAUACAACCGAAUUACUGGUUCAGUGCACACCUUCAUGUACGAUUCGUUGCAACAAUCAAUUGGGAUGAAAGUUUCAAAAGUAAUGAAACAGAAUCAAAGAAAAGAGUUGGGUCAGCUCAAGCUUUGCAAGAAAGUACAAAAAAGGCUUGUUUUGAUAGGAUAGAUGAAAUCUCGAAUGAUGAAAUUGUCUUAGACAUGGAUCUUGAGAAUGAUCAUUGCGAUGAGUUGAAAAAAGAGGCACCAAUCUCUAAUGACGAGAUUGUCUUAGAUAUGGAUAUUGCAAAUAAUCAUUGCGAUGAGGUGAAAGAGGAUGUUGCAUCAACUGUUAAUGGUAAUGAAAUUAUGUUAAGCAUGGACAUUAAUUCCAGUGUAUCGGAAAAGCCAACGAAUUUUUCGGAUCCUUUAAUCACAGCUACCAAUGGCUCUACAAAGUUUCUUGCUCUAGAUAAAUGCUUACCGAGAAGAAACUUUUUAGAAGUAUUGGAUAUCGCUCUAACUGAUAAGAAUCACUUAUCUACGAAGGACCCAAAAAGUCCUCUUUACUACGAUGAAGAAUAUAUUUCUUCUUUGAAAGUUGUUGAGAAACAUAAGAUGAAGCUAAAUGAAUUGUCCUAUGAAAAUCUUCUCAGUCCUCCUGCAAACUUUGUCGGAGAAUUGAAUGCAUCAAAAGAGUAUUAUCUCAAAGAGUAUCAGGCUUUAAGCGGAAGUGAAUAUGAAGCAUUAUUCAAAGUAUCAUUAAAAUCAUUUGUCAAAACAGCCUCUGUUAAUGAAAAGGAACUCAAGACGUUUAUAAAUCCACAGACAGAAGCCUUCGUGCAAAAUUUUCUUAAGUAAUUCAUUAAAUUUUUGACUUUUUAUGUUACUAAAGACAAAGCUACAUAUGUUUUACAAUCAGACUAGCACUUUCUCUUAUCUGCUCAUUCCGGCUCUGAGUAUGCU